CUAUCUAGCGAGAACCAUAGCAACUAAGUGCAGAAUGCGCGACGUGAUAUGUGUAACUGGGAAGGGAAGCGGCGAAGCGGGUCGUGAAGUUGACGACCUUCCUCUCGACCAGUAGAGGCGACAGAACGUCAAAAGAGGAGAGUUGUGAAGGCGCGCCGCCAUUUUACGUGUCGCUCGUGUUUGUUCCCGCGUCAGGGGCGAGAAAGAACAGAUGUGACGCGCCGAGUGUUUGUAGCCGAGUGUUUUAGUUCGUUCUCGCCUGUGCUCUCGGGACCGCGUGAACAUGGGCUCGAAAGUGGAGUACGUGGAGUCGUCGCACAUCUACGCCACCAACUACAUCCGCAACUCGAAGGCGAUCGGCGUGCUGUGGGGCAUCUUCACCAUCUGCUACGCCAUCAUCGGCGUGGUGGCAUUCGUGACCCCGGAGUGGAUCGGCGACACGGCCGAGUCCGAGUACCCGGGCAGGUUCGGGCUGUGGUCGCGCUGCUACUUCCGGGCGGCCAGCGAGGUGGGCGGCGGCGCCGAGGACUGCAGGGGGUCCCUGGACGACCUGUCCUCCGUGCCGAGCACCGCCUUCAAGGUGGCCAGCGUCUUCGUGGGCCUCUCAGUGGUGCUGGCGCUGCUCGCCAUCUGCUGCAUGCUGCUGUUCUUCUUCCUGCAGUCCACCACCGUGUACCACGUCUGCGGCUGGGUGCAGGUCUUCUCCGCUGCGUGCCUGGUGACGGGCGUGGCGGUCUACCCGGCCGGCUGGGACUCGGCCGAGGUGCGGCGCACCUGCGGCAACACGGCCGGCCGCUACGACCUGGGCGAGUGCGGCCUGCGCUGGGCCUACCUGCUCGCCGUCAUCGGCUGCCUGGAUGCCGUCAUCCUGUCCGCGCUCGCCUUCAUCCUGGCCACGCGCCACGUGCGCCUGCAGGCCGAGCCGCCCUUCCCCGCCAACGGCUCGCUCUACAAGGGCGAGGUGAACAACGGCUACGUGGGUGACGCCCAGUCCGUCGCGGGCUCCCGCAAGUCCCUGAACCUGCACCCGGUGCUGCUGAUGCCGCAGCCCCCUCACGCCUCCCUGCAGCCGGGCGACGCCGACCGCUUCUCCGAGUUCUCCAACCGCACCGGCCGCUCCAAGAACUCCGCCUUCCGGCCGGACUACGCCUCCAGCGUGCAGAACUUCCAGUUGUGAGCGCACCUCCGCGUCCCCUGCGGAACUCUUACAUCUGGUGACCACUGCCGAGAACUUUCUCUUGCUCGACAGUUCUCCCAGCUGUGAGCUAGGUCUUGGCGCUCGAGCAGUUCUUGAGAACGUCGUGUGAAUGCUGCCCGUUUCCGAGAGCUCUUCCUGGGUUGGCAGUGCGUCCGAUGUGCAGAUCUUCCGACCGCGAGGACACUUUCUCUGUCCUCCGAGAUGCUCAUUCCACUUCUGAGGGCAUCGUAAGAAAACCUGGUACAUAUGUGCACUCUGCCCUCUUUACAGACCUCAAUCUGGCUCAAAAACGCAUCUGGAGAUCAGAAUUGGAGCUGUGUGCCUGCUUACAAUGAACUUUUGAUGGUGGCAUGGUACCCACGGUCCAGUUCUGAAGGUAUCUUUCAAAGCACACAGUUGUGUGUUUAAGAACCUACUGGUUGACACACGUAUGGUGACUUCUCUGCCCUUAUAUUCUUCUAAGGUGAAGGUGACUGAUGCUCUUGCACCUUCUUGGCACUGAGAAGUGAAAUCUCACACAAGUGCCUUCUCUUGUUCCUGAGCUGUCCCAGCGUACCAGGAGUGGUACCUACUGAGCUCUACCCACAAUGUUUGUGCUCUACCCACAAUGUUAGCCGUAGCAAAUUCACAAAAAAAAUCUUUAUUAGUUUUUUUUAAUUAAAUGGUUGAGUGAAACAAACAAUUUUUAUAGCAUUUGUACAUGAAAAUAUUUUUCAAUGUAACCUGCUCUGCCAAAUUAAACUUCAAUGUACAUGAAAAUAUUUUUCAAUGUAACCUGCUCUGCCAAAUUAAACUUCAAUCUUUGUGUUUUCAAUAUUUUUUAAAUUACUCAUUUUGUUUACAGGUUUCUUUUUAAAAAUAUAGUUGAAUUUUAAGCUGUAAAAUACUCAUGAGAUAGUUUGUCUUGCUCAGUGACUUUCAAGCUGUGUAUUCAAAGUAUCUUUUCAAAAAAGUCAGAAAAAGAAUAUAUUUAUAUAACCUCUUUUCCUUUCCCAGCAUUUCUAAUUUUGUUGAAUAGAAGAUUAAAUGAUUUUUUAUUUUUUUAAUAAGUAUGGUACUUCAGUGUAUGCAUUUUAUUUACGGCUCAUAUAGCUUAUAUAGCUUGUAUUAAUGCCAGAAAUAACAAUUAGGCAUAGCUGGUGUUAGUUUAGGAAGCUAUCAUUAAAUAUUUUGGCCCUCUUAAAGGUGUUGGUGGUUUAAACUCUUUAUUGUAAAUUUUUCUAAUUAUUUUAGGUUAAUUUGUUUUUGACUGAUCUAUGAAUAUAUUUUUUAAAGCAUGUAGUAUUUUUUGUAUUUAUUAAAAUGUUGAAUUAUAAAGACAUAAUAACAAAGUUAAAAUUUAAUACAAAAAAUAUUUUUAUCAUUUUGUACACAAAAAGGUUAUAAUUGAUGAACAUACAGUAAACUAAACAAAACUCAAAAUAAAGUGCUAAGAUAUAUUUAAACUUGUUCACAGGACAUACAACUAAAAGUACUAGGGAAUACUUGCUGCGUUUUUUGUCAGCAUCAUAGUUGAGCAUGGUAAUGCAGAACAUGAAGUUAAUCUAUGCUACAGGAUAUGUGAACAUAAAUGCUAGUUACCUUAUGAUGUAUGCAGCACGUUUUAGACCAUGAACAUGGUUAAUUAGAGGUUUUGCCUACUUAUUAAAUGUCAAUAAAGUUGUAAUGGGAAUACCAUGUGUGGAAAUGUAAAUGUAUCUCUAUGAAAAAAAAAAUUAUUCAAAUGAAAACAGAUCAUUAUUAUAAACUAUGAGCGAACUAAAAACACCAGCAAUAACGUGACCUGGCAGACAAGGGUGACAGCUGAAAUCCCUCUUAGAACAUUUGAACAGGGGCUGUUUGAUUGAUGCUGAAUUAUUGAAUGACGUAUUAUAAACCAUUAACUUUACUCGCAUAUUGUGGAUGCACUGUAGGGUAGAGCACUGAGACAGACUCUUGUUAGUGAUGGUCGCGACCUUUCGAUGCUGUUUCAAGGAGUUGUUGCCUUCUGUGCUGUCGGGUUCGAGCGACACUGGCCAACUGUGGAACAGCAGCCUGGAGGGCGGUGGCACCAGUAAACAUCGGUGGCCGAAAAGUGGUGGCUAAAUUGAAUCACUUCCAGGAAUUCCCAUGAAAUGGGGCUAUUCUGCAACAUUUACUGGAACACACGCGCACAUUUACUGGAACGCACAACUUGGCUAGUAAGCUACUGUGGAUAAAAUGUUGCAUGGUCUUGCUUAUGAACAUCACUGAUAUGCUCCAUCACAACCGUGUAAUCUUUCGACUGAACGGCAAUCAAGAGGCGGAUCUAAGGACGGAUUAAGGAGGAGGCGAAGUCCUUCCUCCCCUCUCUCCCCUUCUGAUCACAACUUACACUGGGCAAUGUGACUGAAUUAAAUAAACCAAUUAGUUUAUAUAUCUCACACAAGGAUCAUGAAUAUCAGACAGCAUUACACUUUGAACAAAUAUUCUGCAUGUCUUGCUGCCGUAACCACUGAAUCCCGAGCACAGUGUUAAAGAUUUACAUUUUUGGAAAAAACAUUUAAGGUCUAUGGUUGUUUCCAUACGUAGUGUUAUCGUCUGUUGCCGCAGCAAAAAAUCCACCGAUCUGUUCAAUUUUAUUAGCAUAUGAUACGUUGCAUGAGUUUCUUUCAUUUGAAUGGUACCUAGGGUAAACACUUGUUUAAUAGGUGUUUAAAAUAUGUUAAAUUGAUGGAACAGGUUUUCCUUAUAGUUUCAAUUCACCUUUUUAAUUUCUGUCUCAACAUUUACCUACAUCAUAUUUCUUACUUAAAAACUUUAGUAGACAUGUUCUUUGGUUUAAAAAUAAGUAUUUCAUUUCUUAAUCUUACUGGUAACGGAGGGUGCGGUAUGAAAAACGCUCGGAGCAUCCAUGGUGAUCGCACGUUGGUCAACGUAACGCUCCGAGUGCUCACUUUUGUGGUCAUUGAAACAAACAACACUAGUGUAGCAGAAGGUGGCAAGUUCAAAAGAUAUAACUUAAAAUAGUUAAUAACCACAAACUCUUUGAAAUGCAUUAUUUAAUAAAUUCAAAAAUAUUAAUGUUUAGAUUUUUAGAUAUUCUGAUAAAAAUAUCACAUCCUGCAAAUUUUUGGUUUUGUAUGUUCUGAAAUAAAUUUUAAAGAGUGUUAAUAAAAAAAUGUGGGCAAGUCUUUCAGUAUUCACCAGUAAUGUGUACACAUCUAACCUCGCUAAUGAGCUAAUUCAUGUGUUCUCAUGAUGCAAAUAAACUUUUAAUAUGAAGCUCAGACACAAUAUUAAUGUAGAAUGUUUUUCAAAUAAUGCAGAGCAUGAUAAAUAUACAAAAAUUGUUUAACAAAUACUACAUUUCUUGAAGCGAAUCACAUUUAGUUUCUGCACCUGCUCUUAGAAUUUGCUGCCGGAGCAGCUACGUGGACUAUCAAAUCAUUUGAUUUGCAGAGCAAAAGUUAAAUAAAACAUUCCGUUCACAAAAUUAUAUCUUCCAAAUGCCGUAUACAGAGAGCUAAGAUGUUUAGACAUCAAAAAAAAAAUCUUCUAAAAAUUAGGUAUAACUAAUGUUUAAAAUAAUGGUUUUUAGUAAGUAGUGUGUGAAUACUAAAUUGUAAUGUUUAGAUGCAUGAAUUUUCUGAAGAAUAUAAUAUAUGUAUUCUUUUUCUUUAUUCCAAAUGCUUAUAAUGAUAAACCAAACUUCAAAUAUGAUGACUACUGUAUUACAAAUGUAUCUUUAAAAACUGUUUGAAUAGUAGUGUGACAGUUUUAUUCUCAAAUAAUAACUAACGCUUCUAUGGCAUUGUUCUGAAAAAUCUCAAUGUACCUGGAUUUUUUUUAUUAUACAAUGUAUAAUACCACAUCCAAAAAUGUUAUUAGGGUUUUGUAAUGACUUUUUUUUAAGAAUGUUAAAUCUGUAUAAUGUCUAUUACUACUGUAUUUAGUAACAAAAAAAAAUAUUAAAAUGUUUAUAACAGUUAUAUUUUUAAAGAAAAUAAAAGUCUAGUUGUAGUGAAA